CUUUGGUGUUAAAGUAUUCAAAUCGAUACAAGCUUUGAACACUCACGAUCAACACGUUGUCCAGCACCCCUGUAGAUUUUUAUUUUGUUUUAAUUGUGAAUAUUCCUGAGACUCAAAGAUGUUCGGUGGCUUCCUCAUUUUCUGUGCUAUGGCUCAGUUAGGGGGCACCGUUUCCGAUCGACCGAUUGUCGGUAUAAUGACGAUGGACCUGGAACGAUCUUUCAAAGUAGCUUAUCCGGGUCAUGAUUCGUACAUAGCCGCCUCGUACGUUAAAGCGGUCGAAGGAGCAGGCGCCAGGGCUGUCCCAAUUUUCAUCGGCCAAAGUGGAGCUUACUACAGGAAAAUGGCUGAAUCUAUAAAUGGCCUUUUGAUACCAGGAGGUGGGGCACGUUUCAACGGAACCGACAAUUUUUUUGCGGCUAGUAAAAUGAUGUACGACUUAGCAUUGAAGAUGAACGGAGAUAACGUUCAUUUUCCUGUUUUCGGCGUUUGUCUCGGAUUUGAAUUGCUCCUCCGUUUCGCCAGUGACGAUGAAAACGUGAGAAGAAGUUGCAAAGGAGGUGUUAUCCAUCACAUUAACAUGCCCUUGAAAUUCUCUUCGGGCUUUAAGAAAUCCUCUCUCUUCAAAUCACUCCCGAAACGAACUUCGCGUGCGUUGCAAACGAACAUAACCAUCAAUAACCACGUAUGGUGCCUUUAUCAGGACGAUUUCAAGAGGAAUAAUUUGGAAAAUGAUUGGAAAAUCCUCGCAACAUCUGACGACUUACAAGGCAACUCUUUUAUCGCUGCAGUCGAGCAUGUAAAGUAUCCGAUCAGCGGGGUUCAGUUUCAUCCUGAAAAGAACAUCUACGAAUGGGGCCGAGCCCUGCCUUUCGUUCGCUCUCCAAAAGCCAUCGAGGCAUCUCGAUACUUCUACGACUGGCUCGUCGGCGAGGCCAAGAAAAAUAACCACUCCUUCGCGGAGCCUCAUCAAGAACAAGAGGCCCUGAUCUACAAUUUUGCGCCUUCUCAUAGUGACCUCUUUCACGAGUCAAUCAAAUUGAAUUUUACACAAAUUUACUUGUUCAAUACGCGGUACUUGACUUUAAAAUAUGUGUCUGAUUAAAAUCCUCAAUCAAAGGGAGUCUGUCAAAGUUUGAGAAUUGGACAAAAUGGGUUUUGGCACUUUAUCAAAGUUUAAGAGAUAAACGUAUGGAGCGUGGAAGAUAAACUGUUAAGUUCAUAAAUGAAAUAAUUUUGCCGACAUGACAUAAAAUUUCAAUUUGAUGAUCACUGAUUUAGCAUUGUAGAU